AUGGGGUGCUUCUCAAUUCGUCCUCAAUAUGGUGACACAUGGCGUGAUCAUCAAUUCGAACCCCAUGUUUUGGAAACACUAUCAUCAGAGACAAUUUACACAAGAAGAGACAAUUUGGAUCAGACAAGAAUUGAGCAAGAUGUUCCACCUCAAAAUUAUAGGUCUGGGCUCUUCACGAACAAUAUUAAAUCCAAUCAAUGUAGUACCAAAGAAAGGGAAGGACCUGUUUCGAUUUAUACUGGAUUUACGAAUGAUCAAUGGCGGAAUAGAAGUGUCUCCCUUCAAAAUGGACACUCUACUCAAAUGUAUGAAGUUUUUCAAGAAAGGAAUGUGGGCUGCAAAGAUAGAUCUCAAAAAGGGUUACUUCCAUAUCCCUAUACACCCAGACUCACAUCAUCUAUUAGGAUUCCAAUUCGAAGGAAUGAUUUUCGAAUUUCUCUGCCUCCCUUUCGGUCUCGCUCCAGCUCCAAUUAUUUUCACAAAGAUAUUCAAAGACAUAAUCAUCGUUUGGAGAAGGAACGGAAUGAUGGUUUAUAUUUACAUAGACGAUAUGUUAAUACUGGCCUUCUCUCUAGAAGAACUUUGGGACAACAUUAUGACCAUAAUUCUCGAUCUAAUGUUCCUAGGUUGGCUGCUUCAAUUAGAAAAAUGCAUCCUCACACCCACUCAAACAAUAGAAUUCCUAGGUAUAACUCUAGAUUUUGUGUCAGGCCGUAUGUUAAUCCCAACAGACAAAGUAGAAACAGCAAUAGAUGUAUCAAACGAACUUAUUCAAGCGGAAAAAUCGAGAAAGUUUAUAAGUUGCCGAUUCGUAGCCAAAUUUAUUGGCAAAAUGGAGUUCUUGACAAUAGCCAAUCCUUACAUCGCACCGUUCUUGCACCGUCUCAGGAAAGAUAUGCUAUCAGUGGUCCAAAAGAGAAGCUGGAAAGCAUCUAUGAGGAUCAACAGAGGAGCCAAGAAGGAUCUCGAAACUCUUCAGCAAAUUGUGCAAGAGAAUACUGGAGUUUGUUUCGAGUUAGAUACACCAACCCCAGUCGUCGUCAAUUCAGAUGCAUCCCUUCAAGGUUAUGGAAUUCAUGCAAACUCCAACAUUUUGGUGGGCAAGUUCAAUCAGACAGACGAAACACAGACUCAUAUCAAUCAGAAAGAGCUUCUUGCGGUUCUCUAUUUUUUCCGUCAUGCAGAUCAACACAACAAUUACCCUCAAAAUACCUAUUUCGAGUUCAGAGGAGACAACACAACAGCACUCAGUUAUUUAAGGAAGGGUUACGGAAUGUUCGACCAUCUGGCCUCCACAGCGAAGGAGAUUUGGACAAUCCUACUCAAAAGAAAGUGGUCGAUUUCCAAAGUUGUUUACAUCCCAUCCCAACAAAACAAUAUCGCAGAUCGGUUGAGUCGCCUCGGAGAUUGGCGCUCCUCAGAAGAACUUCUCGACCUCAUUCAACAAGAAUUCGGUUACCAUACGGUAGACAGAUUCGCGACAGCAAGUUCCGCAGUCACAAUUCAAUUCAACAGUUGGCUAGAGAACGAUGCAUUUCAGUCUCCGUGGGAAAUGGACUCAGUCAACUAUUGCGUCCCUCCAUUAGGUCUAAUUCCACAAACAAUAGCACACAUCAUCAAAUCGAAGGCUCGAGGGACAUUACUAGUUCCCAAUUGGCCCUCCUCACACUGGUUCUCAGUACUGCUGAAGAUAUCAGAAAAAAGUAUAAGUGUUCCAAGAAGUUUGCUUAUAAUCGAGCCUUAUACCGAAUUGUUCAACAAAUUCGAAAAUCUGGAAAUGAUUGCCUUCAAAGUGAAUGGCAAACUGUUUCACAAUUAACAGCUUUAAGCGUAAUUGUCUCUCUAGCUCCGUCAACCCUUACAGAAUAUUCAAAAAUUUAUGGCCUCUUCUCAUGGUUUGUAACGGCCUUCGACUUUCAAAAAGAAUCCGAUUCAGUCUUAGAUUAUUUUUAUGGAUAUCUUGUUUCUAUGAAAAAAGCGUACCUUAUUCAGAAAGCAAAAGCAGCCAUCCAAUUUUUCGCUGAUCUUGAAGGAUGGCAACUUAAAGUAUCGAGUAGAUUUGGAAGAGUAGUUAAGGGUUCUACAAAGAUUUGGUCGUUAGUGGACAGGAAAAAGAUAGUGAGAGACCCCAUUCGCUCAUAUCACAUCGCAGAUUAUAUUUCUUCAUGCAACCCACAGUCUCCUGAAGAGUGCUUUAUUUUUUCUCUCACUUCAGCCAUUUUGGUUAUUGGUUUUAGAUUAUUUGCUCGUCCUGGCGAGCUAUGUGAAUUGAAGUGGUCCGAUGUGGAAAUGGACAAACCAAAACCGGGGUGGAUUAAUAUUAAUCUUGCUGGUCACAAAACGGACUUCUUCUUUAAUGAUCGACCUCACCCAAUAGAUCCUGUCCAAGACUCCAACACCUUUUGUCCUGUUCAAAUCUUAACGACCUAUAUGAACCUAGUCAGAAAUUUUAAAUCUCCGGAUUCACCACUUUUUUCAUUUAAGGACAACCAAUACCUAACUACAACUCAAAUCUCAGAAUUGAUUCGCAAUGCAAUCAGACAAAUUGACAGCACAGUGAAAGUCUCCGGACACAGCUUGAGAAUCGGUGCAUCCACCGAAAUUUCCUCUAAAGGAAUGCCUAUUGAAGUCAACAAAAUUAUGGGUCGAUGGGUGUCGGAUAAGUCGGUACUUAGGUACUCGAGACGAAUUGGUUUUGCAGAAAGCGAUUUCUCCACCAAACUUUUUAAUACUCGGAACUAA